GAAGACAUACCUUUCCUUGGAAAUAUUUAAUGCCUUGCUGUUGAUGUGGAGUGCCCCUUUUCUUGCAUCUUUGUCAGUCCAGAAGCUUUAACUCAGACAAGUCCUUUUUUAUUUUUGCCUGUUUGGUGGAGAAGAUGGAGUUCUUGAUGUGGGCUGUGCCUGUGAAGCUUCUGCUGAUCAUGACAACAGUGUUUGGCACACCAGUUUCUUCUCAAUCAGGGGGGGCCUGUUCACCGGCUGACAGGGCUGCCCUGCUAGGGUUUAAGGCCAGCAUUGUGAGAGACACCACUGGCAUGCUGUCAACAUGGGGGGUGGGAGGGGGGGACUGCUGUGCAGGGGGCUGGGAAGGUGUGGAAUGUGGUGGAGCCGUGCCAGGGAGGGUCACCAGGCUCAUCCUGCAGAAUCCUUCCAUGGAUUCUGCUGGGGUUUACAUGAAGGGGAUUCUGUCAUCUUCUCUAGGCAGGCUGCAGUUCCUGGAGAUAAUGAUGAUCAGUGGGAUGAAGAGGAUAACUGGUUCGAUCCCCGAAAGCUUCGCCAAUCUUACCAGGCUUACCCAGCUUGUUCUUGAUGAUAAUGGCCUGCAGGGAAACAUCCCGACAAGUUUAGGGAAAUUGAGGAGCCUCCAGACGAUCUCGUUGAGUGGUAAUCGCUUGACAGGGCGUAUACCUGUCAUGUUGGGAGGUUUGCAGCACCUCCAGCAGUUGAAUCUUGCCAGGAAUUCCUUGACAGGUCCAAUCCCGACGGCCAUUGGUCGCCUUACAGGGCUGCAGUCUCUUGAUCUUGGUUACAAUUCAUUGUCUGGAUUCAUACCUGAUUUUCUUGGUCAGCUAAAGAAUCUGAGCUACCUUGUCCUCACCAGGAAUCAAUUUUCAGGGCAGAUACCGAAUUCUCUGUUCAAUCUAGUGCAACUUUCCGAGCUGUCAAUUGAUCAGAAUCAGCUCACCGGAACAAUCCCAUCUCUGAUAGGGAAAUUGAAGUCUGUUGCAGUCCUAAGGUUGAGUUCCAAUAAGCUCACAGGUCAAAUUCCAGAAUCCAUUUCACAGCUGCAAAACUUGUGGAAUCUUAAUCUGUCAAGAAAUCUACUGACAAACCCUCUCCCUGAGGCUGCCUUCAGCAAGGGGUUCCCAUCUCUGCUGUCAAUUGAUCUGUCCUACAGCGGUCUCGAGCUGGGAACAGUUGGUAAUUGGAUUGUGAACAGGGAACUUUCCGAUGUUCAUUUAGCAGGCUGCAAGCUCCGAGGAUCCUUACCCAACUUCACAAGGCCUGACUCUUUGAGCACAUUGGACCUGUCUGACAACUAUUUCACUGAUGGUAUUUACAGGUUCUUGGAAAGGAUGACGAGUCUGCAGACAGCAAAGAUUGCAAACAACUUGUUGAAUGGUGACCUCUCCUUUAUCAGGUUACCUGAUCAGAUUUCAACCCUCGACCUCCAUUCAAACAGGCUCUAUGGUUCUCUGUCAAGGAUGCUAAGCAACGGGACAGCCAAAUUCAUGGAGGUCAUCGACGUGUCCAACAACAAUAUUAGAGGCAGCAUUCCUGAAUUCAGCGCUGGUCUGAACUUAAAAGUGCUCAACAUAGGCAGUAACAAGAUUGCAGGCCAAAUUCCAGGGUCACUUUCAAACCUAGCUAGGCUGGAAAGGUUUGACAUUUCAAGAAACCAGAUCUCGGGCACCAUCCCAACCAGUAUGGGCUUGUUGCUGAAGCUGAAAUGGCUAGAUCUAUCUAUCAAUAGGCUUACAGGAAAGAUCCCAGACAGCUUGCUGGGAAUUGAGGCACUAAGACAUGCCAGUUUCAGGGCAAAUAGGUUGUGUGGAGUGAUCCCUCAGGGAAGACCGUUUAACAUAUUCCCUGCCUCUGCUUACGUUCACAAUUUGUGCUUGUGUGGCAAACCCUUGCCGCCCUGCAGGGGAAAAACAAACCCGAAGAUCAGUCAGUGAUAUGCUGACCCUGCCCAUGGAUGCAUGGUGUUAUGCUCAUGCCACAUGAGCAUUUUCCCAUCUAAAGUGGUCAUCUUUUUUUUCAUGUAACUUUAGGUACACAGUUUUUGUAAUUCCCUUUACACUUGGUUUACACUACAUAAGCCACCAUCCUGUGGAUUCAAAUGAAGAAACCUAUUUAUACUGAUAG